UGCUAAAUUUCUAGCAAGUCAAUUAAACAUUUUAUUUGGGCGUACAUUCAAACACGGUCCGGACCACCUCAGACUAUAAAAAGACUGUGAAAUUCUUUUUUGUUUUCUUUUUCAUAGACUUUCAACCAUCCAAAAUGUCGGCGUACGAUCACGUCAAGAAAGGAUCGUUGAAAUUUAAGGGAGGCGAGACAGCUUCCAUAAAAAAAAAAAAGAAGAAGUCUAAAUCAACCAAAGAAAAACUUGAACGGGCCUUGGGAUCGCCACAAGAUGAACGUUACCAGGAUGUGGAGAAGACAGAAGCCGAACGUAAAUUUGAAGAAAUUAAGCGUCAACGACAAAUGGAACGAGUAUCCAAAGCCGCAGCCAAAUCACAUAAAGAUCGUGUAUCUGAAUUUAACAACAAGUUGGAAAUGUUGAGUGAGCAUCAUGAUAUUCCUAAAGUCGGACCAGGCUAACAGCGGGUAUUUUCCCUCCCAAAUACCACAACUCUCUUUUUAAUAAAUUCCUUUUUUGCCACUUGCCCAAAAACAAAUUGAAAUUAUGUCAUGAUUUACGGCUUGACAAGAAAGCCCCGCCAAACAAACUCCAAAUAAGGCCUAUUUUCGUUGACUCCUUUUUUAUUUAUUCUUUUUUCUUUUUUUAUUUACAUUCAAUUAACUAAAUGAGCACAUUAACAAACACAGAACAGACACAACUUUCUAGAAAGACACCACCGUUACUACCAGGAACACUAAGGGUAAUGAAUUGUUCCAAAGAGUAAGGUCUUUCCAAUUAAACGCCCUUUCUUAUAUCUUCUGUUAUAGAUAACCAUCAAUAGCUGCUUUU